AUGGUCAGGCAGGGUUUCUCCAUUGCUGUACUUCUAGGUAACAACCAGGAGCAGGGCCACCAAAAGAAUGAUGAAGAUGCCUGCCCAACGACACAGACAUCUUGUUUUCCACAACUUCAAGUCAACCAUCCCCUUCCAGAGAAGACCAAGCGAAAGAGGGAAGACGAGGCUGAGAUACCAGCGUUCACUGGUGACUUGCAGUCCUCUUCUGCGGGACAAACUGAGACUUCCAUCCAGUAUCUCCUCUCUGCCACAGCUGCUCCACAGACGCUUUGGGAGAAUGCUGAGGAAUCGCUGUCCAAUUGCUCGGAAGAUGAAAGCGAAGUAGGACGAAAUCACCUGGGAAAAGAUGGACCUGUUGAGGAUAGUCCGAAGACUGAACGCCGGAUGAGGACGGCCUUCAGCGUAGAGCAGCUUGACAAACUGGAACGCACCUUCAAGAAACAACGAUAUCUUGGAGCAUGUGAAAGGCGGAAGCUGGCAAGCACGCUGCAGCUGUCUGAAGUCCAGAUUAAAACCUGGUUUCAAAAUCGGAGAAUGAAACUAAAGAAGCAGAUACAAGAUCAGCAGCCGUAUGUGAUUCCACCGGCUCUAUAUCCUCCUCUCUUCGCCUACGGCCACAACCUUCCAAGAUCUUUCAGCAGCCCUCCGUUCUACCAACCCCAACCGCAUCCGUACCAGAUGCCAGGACUUCACUAUCAUCAGAACGCUCCAUUCCUUCCUCUGCCCAUCACAAACCAGUUGGUGAACAGUAACCCUUACCAGGAGCAAUACCACCCGCUAAAGGGUAACUUGUAUCUGUAA